AUUUCGCACCCCUCUACCGUGGAGACAAUAUCAAUUUUAUACCCUUUGGACAUACUUGGAGGGUUGAAUAUUACUAGGUUUCGCCGAUUUUAUUUCGUUUUACACCAACAUUGUUUGUAAAUAGAUUACGAAAGCACACCAACGAUGUCGGGGCCACCUGCAAAGUUCAACGCCGAAGAGGCCGAUAACUUGGAGGAUAUUGAGAAGCAGUUUGCGGUGAAAGCUGUGCAACACAUGUCGACUUACUGGGCAAUCCUCGAGAAAGUCAAGGGAUCCUCCCUCAAACUGACAAAGAUGGACGAUGAUAUCUACGAGCAUCUAAAGAAAGACCUUCCAGACUUCGAUCCCGCAGUUACCAUCAACGAGGAUGAGAUGAAGAGCAAACUAGGCAAGGAGAAGUGGCGCAACUUCAUGAUGUUUUACGACAAGAAGAUUGACGACUACAACUUCGGAACGAUGCUGAGGAUCAGCCCGACAGAGGAAUAUACACAGGACGGUACCAUUUUUGUGCCAAGAAUGCAGUUUUACGCUGUUGAAAUCGCAAGAAACCGCAACGGACUGAAUGACUGGAUUUAUGAGAAGGCACAGAACGAGAAGGCUGUCACAGAGGCGUAGACAACACACCUUAUCAAGGAAAUUACGACCCAAUCUAUAACUUACAUGUG